AUGGAAGGAACCGUUCGGUCCGGUUCGGAUUUCGAUAUAGUUUUGUUCGUUAGAGGCGUGCGGGCGGAGUGGGAGAGCGGUAAUGUGGCGCGCCAGUGGCGGGAGAAUCUUUCGCGCCACGUGGACGGCCUCCAGCGCCGCCUCCCGCAAUUCCCGCUGCCGAGCAUUGCGCGCCAAGCGCGCGCAGAUCCCGCUUCCGCAAAUGGCGCGGAACGCCCGCCGGGACUCAAGGAUGUGGGGGUGCGCGCGACGGGGAACGCGCGUUCAGGCGGAGCGCAAGGGGGAGGAGCGGAGGGAAAUGACUCGCGGGGGGACGAGGACGGCGCGGAAACUCGGAGAAACACCACGGGUGCGCCUACUGGCACCAUUGCGCAGGCGGGGCAAGCGCGGAGCAGCAAGGCCGGGGGGGCGAGCGCGCGGAAGUGGGGGCGCGAGACGGUGAAGCAGCGCAUGGAGCGGUGGCGCCGCGAGCGGGAGAUGAUGAUGAUGCGCGCGGCGGAGGAGGAGAGGCGGAAGGAGGAGGGGGAGGGGGAAGGGGAAGGGGGAGGCGGAAGUGGCGGUGGAGGAGCUGUAUGUGGCGCGCAGCAGACACUACACUCCCAACGUGCUCACCUUCGGGUAUUCUACCCCCCCACUGUCCCCCACGCUUCACCCCUCUCCCACACCACCACUCCCCACUGCUCCUCCUCUCUUCUACACCACUUGCCCCCAUUUGCCACCCAUUGCCCCUAUGCCCCCCAAUCUCUCUCCCACGCGAUAGAUGGAGUAUUGGGUGCUGCUCUCUGCGGGCGCUGCUCCCCAUUACCCCUAUACCCCUGCCUGUUCUGGGACAUUUCGUAUUCAUUCAAGGAAUGGACGGAGUACUGGGCGCUGCUCUCCACAGGCGAGCUCUACCUCGGCCUGCCCCACGGGGACCCGCGCCACUUCGACUUCCACCACGACCGCCGCACCAACCCGCACCGCUUUGUACCGCUCUCGCACUCCCACGGCCCGGCGCACGAGUUUGACUACGGCGGGUGCCAGGUGGCGCUGGCGCCAGGUCAGCAGGAGGUGCGGGUGGGCGGCGGCGAUGUGGUGUUUAAGAGGGUCCAGCCGUGCGAGGCGGAGGAGGGGUGUCGGUUGGAAGGGAGGUUCGUUCACGCCGCGGCUCGGGACUUUGUGGAUGCAGCAGAAGCUUCGGGGGUGCAUGGGGGACGCGUGGAGGAUGCGUUCUUCUUUGAGUACCCGGGGUCGGGUGGUGGAGAGGUGAACAUCAACGGCACCACGUACCACAGAGUGGUGGAGCAGGGUGGGGAGCAGUGA